AAACCCUAUCUAUCCCUUGCCUUGGCCAAAAAUCAUAUUCCUCUGGCGGAAAACAGUCUUUUCUUCACAUUACUUCAGAGAACGUCGAUCCAAAUGAGAGGAAACCCGGUUGGAAGACGAUUCUCAAGUGUAAUCUUUAAUCCCUCCACUGGACGCGCCUUUUUUGUGUCAUCUUCUCCUUUCUCCACUUCCUCAGGCUCCUCCGGUCGCGGCCGUGGCCGCGGCGGUGGUGGCGGUCCUGGUCAGUUCGAUUUCAGUGCAAGAACACCGGGAAAGCCUGACUCUGAUGAUUCUAAACCUGACUCCCCAGAACCAACGCCAGGUGGAUUUGGUCAUGGCCGUGGCAUACCUAUUUCUUCUUCUCCAAUUCUCCCUGCCUUUUCUUCCUUCAUAUCGUCGUUAAAAGCCUCUCAAUCCGGCUCGGGACGUGGCCGAGGCAGAGGCAAUAUCGAACCAGAACUGAGUAGACCCAAUGAGUCACAGCGCGAGUCAGUACCUCCUAAGACGCAGUUCACUCAGUCAGUACCUCGUAAUAAGGCGCAGUUCACUCAGUCAGAAGAGCCAAAUCUGCCAUCCAGCAUACAAUCCGCACUAUCUGGCGUUGGUCGGGGGAAACCGGAUCAGCCUGCCGUGUCUACUCCGCAGAAGGAAGAGAACCGGCAUCUCCGGUUACGUCGCACACCUAAGCCCAGGACCAUUGGAGAAGAAGCUGAACCGGCUCAGGGCCGGUUCCAGCCUAAAAUUAGCCGCGAGGGCGAUGUAAGAGACAGGGAAGCUGAGCCUUUGCAGGCGCGAGGGGGAAUGGGUGGGGGUAGAGGUAGAGGUAGAGGAAGAGGUAGAGGUAGGGGAAGGGGGAGGGGGCGUUUGGAGCAAAGAGAGAGGAUGGAAGAUUCGGAGGAAGGGUACGCAGCAGGGCUCUUCUUGGGGGACAAUGCUGAUGGGGAGAAACUGUCGAAAAGGGUUGGUGUUGAGAACAUGAACAAAUUGACUGAAGGGUUUGAAGAGAUGAGUGGGAGAAUACUGCCUUCGCCUAUGGAAGAUGCCUAUUUGGAUGCCUUGCAUACGAAUUAUAUGAUUGAGUUUGAGCCUGAAUACUUGAUGGGGGAGUUUGAUCAAAACCCAGAUAUUGAUGAGAAGCCACCUAUGCCUCUCCGGGAUGUGCUGGAGAAGGUGAAGCCGUUCAUAAUGGCAUAUGAAGGAAUCCAAAGUCAAGAAGAAUGGGAGGAGGUAAUUGAAGAAACAAUGAAGAAUGUCCCAUUAUUGAAAGAGAUAGUUGAUUAUUACAGCGGACCUGAUAGGGUUACAGCAAAGAGACAACAAGAAGAGUUAGAAAGAGUGGCUAAAACUAUUCCUGCAAGUGCACCUUCUUCUGUAAAGCAGUUUGCUGAUCAUGCAGUUCUUUCUCUUCAGAGCAACCCUGGCUGGGGAUUUGACAAGAAAUGCCAAUUUAUGGAUAAGCUUGUAAGAGAGGUUAAUCAGUGUUACAACUAAACGCUCCAAGUUUGCAGUGAUGAUUGUUUUCCCCCAGCAUUUUCAAUCCCCGAGGUGGAGGAUUACUAUUUAAGGUUAUUUACAUUGUUUUGUAGACAAUAUGGAAUUGGUUGUGAUGUGUGUUCUGUUUCUAUAGAAGAUGGUGCUGUUUUGCCGGAGAAUUAAUCAACUUAGGCUCGUGCUUUUCAGUUUUCAUUUGUCAUGGGUAUGGACUCAGGCGGAGCCACUGCCUCUACAAUGGCUUUGUUCUGGGCAGGGUAGUGAAGAUUCUAAAUCCUACAGCCUUUUUCAUGACAGCUUUCAGAGAAAGGAUGCAAGGAAGGAGGUAACGUGUGAGCGUGAGGUUAUGAUGCGAUCAUGUUGCUUGUCCUUGACAAUUAUUUAGAAUCCGUGCUCGAAAGUGAGGCAAACAUUUUUUUUUUUUUCAAAUAAAAGAAUAGAACAGAAACAAUGUAGAUGUUUAUUGUCAAAGAAAAAUAAGAGGACUUGCUAUUUCUGCAGCUAACAUUGCUAUUGCCACAGAUCAUUUGAUGUUAUAAACUUUAUUUAUAAACUUUAUUUCCCAGAGUAACUGCAUUAAUGCAGUAAGCAAGUGAUAGAAUCCGUAUAGCUCUCCUCUUUAUAAUUAA